AUGGCAGCCGAACCAAAUCCGGAGACUCUCGUUCAUUUCUACGAUGAACUUACGGAAGCUCAAGCUUCUAUUCCAACAAAGAGUUACAUGGAAUUCCUCAUUAAGUGGGGUUAUGAUCGUGAAACUGCUGAGCGACUCUGUAUCCGAUUGGAUAAAGGUACUGGAGUUAUUCACCGAAAAGACCUCUGCAGGCCUACUGAUAUCCCUUGCAAUUCGCUACCACUACUUCGUGACGUUCAGAUACUCAACUCAGACAUGAAACAAAAGCAAGCUGAAUCCAUAAUGCUCUACGUUGUGGAAUUAAUUAGAAGGAAGAAGUCCAAGAAAGACCAAUUGGAAGACCUGAAGAAACGAUUGGAAGAAGUAUACGGAAAAGGAUGGAACUGUUACAUGACAGACGGAAAAUUCUACUCCGUCUGCUCUCAUGAGGCUGGAACAAGUCUCGUUUUUCUCCUCAAUGAAAUGGUCUACGGUGUGUUCCGCACACCCUUCACUGGCAAACGCUGA